CCAACCUGCCCUCUACCAAGUUGCGUUGCGCCCCCUCCCCUCCUGCCCUCUCUCUGCCUAAAAUGGACUCGUCAGCCGCGCGCAUCACCCGAGCAGCGGCAACAGCAACAGCAGCAGAAGCAGCAUCAGUCAAUUUCGGCGCCUGGGGGAGUCAACCGCUCGCGUUGUUCACCCACGUCUCCACUCGCGCGAUGGCGGCGGCCGCGGCGCAGAUGGGGGUGGGCGCCUAGACCCACGGGUGAAGUGUUCCCGAAGGCCAGCGCGAGUGGUAGCGUCUGGUACCGAGGCAUUGCCUCCAUCGAUGCUACAUUAACAAUAGAGGAAAGAUGGAGCUGAUCAGAAUCCUUAUAAUUAUAGUAUCUCUUCUCCCAUUCGCAGCGUCUGAUCGCCAAGGUGACGCAUUAUAUGAUAUGAAGCUGAAACUGAAUGCUACUGGCACACAGCUAACUGACUGGAACCAGAAUCAAGUCAACCCCUGUACUUGGAAUUCUGUUAUUUGUGACAGUAGCAAUAAUGUCGUGCAAGUAACAUUGGCUUCUAUGGGAUUCACUGGAGUUCUAUCGCCACGAAUUGGAGACCUUGAGCAUUUGAAUGUUCUGUCCUUGCCUGGUAACAAGAUUACCGGUGGCAUACCAGAGCAGCUUGGCAACCUAUCUAGCCUGACAAGCUUAGAUUUGGAAGACAACUUGCUGGUUGGAGAAAUCCCAUCUUCUCUUGGACAUCUUUCGAAGCUCCAACUCUUGAUACUGAGUCAAAACAGUCUAAAUGGAUCUAUUCCUGAUACCCUGGCAACUAUCUCAAGCUUGACAGAUAUUCGGUUAGCGUACAAUAAUCUCUCUGGUUCAAUACCUGCUCCACUAUUUGAAGUUGCACGUUACAACUUUUCUGGUAAUAACUUGACUUGUGGAGCAAACUUUGCCAAUGCUUGUGUAUCAAGUUCAUCUUACCAAGGUGCGUCCCGUGGUUCAAAAAUUGGCAUCGUCCUUGGAUCAGUUGGUGGAGUGAUAGGGCUACUCAUCAUAGGGGCUCUGUUUAUUAUCUGUAACGGAAGGAAAAAGAACCAUCUACGUGAAGUUUUUGUGGAUGUAUCAGGUGAGGAUGACCGAAGAAUCGCAUUUGGCCAGUUGAAACGAUUUGCAUGGCGAGAACUGCAACUCGCUACCGAUAAUUUCAGUGAGAAAAAUGUUCUUGGACAGGGGGGUUUUGGAAAAGUAUAUAAAGGAGCCCUUCCAGAUGGCACUAAGAUAGCGGUGAAACGAUUAACUGAUUAUGAAAGUCCUGGUGGGGAGUCUGCCUUCUUGCGUGAGGUUGAGCUGAUUAGUGUUGCAGUUCACCGGAAUCUUUUACGGUUGAUUGGCUUCUGUACAACACAAACGGAACGUCUGCUUGUUUAUCCUUUCAUGCAGAAUCUUAGUGUGGCCUACCGUUUGCGAGAAUUUAAACCUGGGGAACCAAUAUUAGAUUGGACUGCAAGGAAACGAGUGGCUAUAGGCACCGCUCGUGGACUGGAGUACCUGCACGAGCACUGCAAUCCCAAGAUCAUACACCGUGAUGUGAAGGCUGCAAAUGUGUUGCUUGAUGAAGGUUUCGAACCAGUUGUUGGUGACUUUGGCUUGGCGAAGUUGGUGGAUGUACAGAAGACAUCCGUGACCACGCAAGUCCGUGGAACCAUGGGUCACAUUGCACCUGAAUAUCUGUCCACAGGGAAGUCAUCUGAGAGAACUGAUGUUUUCGGUUAUGGUAUAAUGCUUCUGGAAGUGGUCACUGGGCAGCGCGCCAUUGACUUUUCCCGCUUGGAGGAAGAAGACGAUGUCUUAUUGCUUGAUCAUGUCAAGAAGCUACAAAGAGAAGGGCAGCUAGACGCUAUCGUGGAUCGCAACUUGAGCAGCAACUUUGACAGGCAGGAGGUGGAGAUGAUGAUGCAGAUCGCGCUGCUGUGCACCCAAGGGUCACCCGAGGACCGGCCCUCCAUGUCUGAGGUCGUCCGUAUGCUCGAAGGGGAAGGCCUAGCCGAGCGCUGGGAGGAGUGGCAGCAGGUCGAGGUGUCGAGGAGGCAAGACUACGAGCGGAUGCAGCAGCGGUUUGACUGGGGCGAGGAUUCCAUCUACAACCAGGACGCGAUCGAGCUUUCUUCCGGCAGAUGAGAGCGUCAGUUUGCAGGUUUCCAACACAGAUUCGCAGCGCAGUAUGAUGCCAUCCUUCGUAGAAAAUAUAGCUGAAAACGUAUAUACAUAUUGUCGUACGUUAAUGUUGGUGACUAUAUUUAAAUUUUUUGCAGUUAAGGAUGAUUAAGAACUUUGUUUUGUGUUGCGUUGGCGGACGUUGUUGAAGAAAAAAGAGGGAGUACAGAUGCAUAAUCCUUGCAACUUUUAGGUA